CAGACAACUCGCGCCUCCAACCUCGUCCCAAGGACGCUUUCCUCUGGCUUUGGAGCUAGGGAAAAGCGCCCUAGGGACGAGGUUGCUCUGGCCUCGUUUGACCGCAUUGAAUGUUGGGGUACCCAAGUGCGUGACCAAACAGAGAUCGCGUGAUACUGCCCGCAGUACAGUAUGGGUAAUAGUUUUCCAAAUAUGUCGGUUACUGAACUGUGAAGAGCGUCUUCCGCUUUUAGUUUUUGAUUCGGUUUUCUGAGGUGUGUCGAGUACAGAAGUAGUGUUGUUCCCUGUUAAUAGUUCUACAGGAAAAAAAUUACGUCUUUUAUCCGUUGGUGUUACCUUUGUAAUCUCAAGUUCACGAUAUGAACGAACGAAAACUCUUGGUAAGUUUGUAAUCCUUACAAAUGAGGUACAUAAACGAAGGAAUGAAAAUCAAAUUCCAUUACAAAAUAUGUAGAAAGAAGCUGUUGGGUGUCACUUUUGAUGAACGUCUGAAGUUUACUAGCCACUUGAAGGAGCUAUCUAAAAGAGUAUCUAGGAAAAUAGGGGUAAUGAUGAGACUGAAAAAUGUAAUACCAACAUUAGCAAAGGUUAGAAUUUACAAAUCUUUGAUUUUGCCACAAAUAACUUAUUGUUAGACUGUAUGGCACUUUUGUAGAAAAUCUGAUAACCGGAAGAUUGAGAGUCUCCAAGAAAGAGCGCUUAGAUCAGUCGUAGGCUUUCCGAGUUUGUUUAUUUUAGUUGUUUGAUUUUCGUUUUUAGGUAGUUAGGUGUCCACAAUUAGUGGACACCUAAGCUAGGCAUUUGACACAUUAAUUAAGUCUAUUUAUUAGUAGUAGUAUACUGCAGACAGUCUGCUUGAAAUGCUGCUUGCCAUGGGCAUUUAUAGAAAGUGUGGUGUUUUUGAA